AUGAGACCUGAUCCUGAGCCUGAUCCCGAUCCUGAGCCUGAACCAGAGCCUGAGCCUGAGCCAGAGCCCGAUCCUGAGCCUGAUCCUGAACCUGAGCCUGAGCCUGAGCCUGAGCCUGAGCCCGAUCCUGAGCCUGACCCUGAGCCUGAUCCUGAGCCAGAGCCAGAGCUAGUUUGUAAUGUAUUUCCACCAGAGGUAGUGCCAGAGCGUGAUCCUGAGCCUGAGCCUGAUCCUGAUCCUGAUCCUGAGCCUGAGCCUGAGCCUGAGCCUGAGCCUGAGCCUGAGCCUGAGCCUGAGCCCGAUCCUGAGCCUGACCCUGAGCCUGAUCCUGAGCCAGAGCCAGAGAUAGUUUGUAAUGUAUUUCCACCAGAGGUAGUGCCAGAGCGUGAUCCUGAGCCUGAGCCUGAUCCUGAUCCUGAUCCUGAUCCUGAUCCUGAUCCUGAUCCUGAUCCUGAUCCUGAUCCUGAGCCUGAGCCUGAGCCUGAGCCUGAGCCUGAGCCCGAUCCUGAGCCUGACCCUGAGCCUGAUCCUGAGCCAGAGCCAGAGCUAGUUUGUAAUGUAUUCCCACCAGAGGUAGUGCCAGAGCGUGAUCCUGAGCCUGAGCCUGAUCCUGAUCCUGAGCCUGAUCCUGAGCCUGAUCCUGAGCCUGAGCCCGAUCCUGAUCCUGAGCCUGAGCCUGAUCCUGAGCCUGAUCCUGAGCCAGAGCCAGAGCUAGUUUGUAAUGUAUUUCCACCAGAGGUAGUACCAGAGCGUGAUCCUGAUACUGAGCCUGAGCCUGAGCCUGAGCCUGAGCCUGAGCCUGAGCCUGAGCCUGAGCCUGAGCCUGAGCCUGAGCCUGAGCCUGAGCCUGAGCCUGAUCCUGAGCCUGAGCCAGAGCUAGUUUCAUAG